CUAUUAAAGACGUCUCGUGAUGAAGACUGGAAUAUCGGAAAUAUUGUGCACACCUUGAUUAACCGACGCCACGGAGAGAAGGCGAUUGCUUAUGCGGAGUGCCAUGAUCAGGCUUUGGUAGGAGAUAAAACAAUUUCGUUCUGGCUUAUGGAUAAAGAUAUGUACACACAUAUGAGCACGUUGAGUCCACCAAAUCUCACCAUAGAUCGAGGUAUUGCACUACACAAAAUGAUCCGCUUCAUUACUCAUACCCUGGGUGGAGAAGGUUACCUCAACUUUAUUGGCAACGAAUUUGGUCAUCCUGAAUGGCUCGACUUUCCCAGAGCUGGCAACAACAACAGUUACUAUUACGCCCGACGUCAGUGGAAUCUAGUUGAUGAUCGAACACUCAAAUAUCAGUAUCUCAACAACUGGGACAGAUCCAUGAAUCAGCUUGAGGAGAAAUACGGUUGGCUUAGUUCUCCACAGGUAAUAUAG